UUGUGUCUGCCUUGUUAUAACAGAGUUUGAGUGCUUAAGGCAAGGAGUGGAUGAAUAUAUCAGUAGGCAGCAUAUUAAGCCCCAAAACCGCGUUUCCCUUUGAAGAGUUCCUUAUUUAGUCAGUCCUACAGCAGGGCAAGCCCAAGCUUCCCAACAAUUGUGUUGUUUGUACCACCAAACAUAAAGCAAAUAAACAUGGCCUUUGAGCAAGAAAACAAGAAAUGGCAGGGAUCAAUAGGAGGCAUUGUGGAAGCACCCAUACACAAAGUCUGGGAAAUAGUAUCACAAACCAACAGAUUGCCAGAAUGGAUGCCAAUGGUCGAAAGAUGCACCGAUUUGGCUGGUGACGACGGCGUUCCAGGCUAUGUCAGGCUAGUUUCCGGCUUCAUGUUCCCCCAACAUGAUGGAGACAGGUCAUGGAUCAAGGAAAGGUUGGUGUCCAUGGACCCAAAAUCACACAGUUAUGUUUACAGAAUGGAAGCAAGUAAUAUGGGCUUAGAUGGGUCUGUGAAUUCAUUGAAGCUUGUAGAUUAUGGGGAUGAUUCAACCCUAGUUGACUGGACAUUUGAGUUAAACCCUCUUGAAGGUGCUUGUGAGGAUAGCAUAGUAGACUAUCUAGGGUUUCUUUAUAAAUCUUGUAUUAAGAAGAUUGAGGGUGCUAUAGAAGCUUCAGCUAAACAGAAAAUUGGGUAACAAGAUGGGCAUAGGUUAGCAUCAAGUAAGAAGGCACCAAAAUUUCUGUUCUCAAAAUUCUAGUCCCGUGUUUUAAUUCACUUUUAAUAGUACGAUCA